AUGGCUUCCCGACCUCGGGUGUCUCGAGCCUGUGACCGCUGCCGGCGACACAAAUUGAAGUGUGACAAACAUAGGCCGUGCACUCUUUGCGUACAUUCUAAUAGCGAAUGCGAGGCGAGCCACACCCUACUUCAAGAUAAGACUAUAAGGCGCAGAAAUCGACAUACCACAGUUGAGACAACUCUUCCCCUGGUACAGGACAAAGGGACGGCACCAACAGAGAACCAGCACUUCGGCGUCAAUAUGUCCAGCUUGGAAUUUGCUCGCAGCGUAUUUGGUGAAGAGGAAGAUAUCGGGCGUUCUCUGACACGUGGCUCAAUCCCUGGCGAUCUAGAGCCUGUCACUUUGGAUAGUAGUACUCCUUGGCGCUUGAAAGAUCUGCAACUACCACCUGAGCCGAUUAUACAUCUCUUGAUCGAGGCGUACUUCUGCCGCUUCCACUGGUACAUCAUUCUUUUCCACGAAAACUCAUUCUGGAACAACACUUACAAGGCGUACUGUCAACCGACAUGGCGGCGGCGGGAUCUACCCGAUGUGAUUACUGUUCUGAUUGUUGCCGCCCUAGGUCUCCAGUCAGUGUUGCCGGACUGUACUUGGCAUGGACACGAUACUUUUCGCAUUCAUUCCAUCAACCAUCGUCAAUUACUACUAGACCUGGUUAGUGAGGUGCGUCUUCACCUGAUCGACCUCCUAGCCAACCCCCGCAUUGAAGCGGUACAGGUCAGCAUUUUGCUUUCUUGCUUUCACAUGUUCCACAAUUCGCCAAAUCUGGCGUGGAGCACGUCAGGAAUGGCUGUAAGAACAGCCUACGCUCUCGCAUUGCAUACCAAAGCCCCGGCUAGUCAAGACCAGAUUGCGGCCCAAAUUCGCUACCGAUGUUGGAAUCAUAUCACAGUUGGCGACAGUUUCGUUACAAUGAUCUACGGAAGGCCAGCCUCCGUCGACGCAGCAUUUUCAGACCUACAUGAGCUUGAGGAGAUUGAUGAUCUUACCAUUCCUCCCGCUCUACGAAACCUUCCCGGGUUUAUUGAAUGCGGCAAUAUUACCUCGAAAUUGACCUUUCAUCAGUUGAAAUUCAGGCUCUAUUAUAUUAUCCGUCAAGCCUUGAAUCGCUUCCGGCUUCUCCGGCCAAGUCAGACGAUGACUAAUGAUGAUAUAGUAGCAAUGUCACAAGCGAUAAAAGACGUAGAGGCUUCGCUAGCCCUAUGGCGUCAAGAACUUCCUCGUCUGUGCAAUUUUGAGUAUUGGAGCGGGGCUGACCGGUGGGCGCGACUGGAGUACUCGCUGCAGAAUCAGCCGGCAGAUAUCCAAGAACAUGCAGAAAUAAUUCUUCUCCAGGCCGCCAUGUUGCAACUGUUAUAUGAUGGCGCUGUCAUCCUCACCCAUAGACCUUUACUAAAACGUCAAGUGAACUCAAUACCUCCAUCCGGGUUUGUGAUUGAUUUGCUACAAAAAUCAUUGGAUGCUGUUAUAUGUGCAGCUCUCCGUAUAUCAUCCUUUCCGGUUCACAAAUUUGAGAAACAUUUUGUGGUUUCUAUAAUCUUUCACUACUUCUUCAUGGCAGGUGUGAUCCUGUGUAUCAUUCCUACAAGUCAGCCAUUUACCAAUACUGCUCAGGAGGCAAAGGCUGGGGUUGUAAGGAUUAUACGUGCUAGUCGAGCCAUGGCGCAUCAUAACCGCAUUGCAAGACAAACUGACAAGUUACUUACCGAGCUAUUGAAAAUAGCCGUCCAACGAGAAACAGAAGAAGCUUUGAAUACCUCGGUGCCUGGGUAUCACUGGGAUGAGGCGGAGCCGCUCUUGAGCUCAGAAUUGUCGAUAACCAAGGAUGCUCAGGUCCCUUUGGAGGGCCCAAAUGAAGAUUCUCAAGUCAACACUACGCUAUAUAAACCCUACCACGGGUUAAAUCACCGAGGGUUCAGCUUGGAUAUACUUGAGCUACUUCAAUCUUACCAUACAUUUGACACAGGAGCAGCAAGGGAUGAGCUAUCAGAUCAGUGCAUGUUACCGAGCGCGCUGUCACCACUGGACCAUCAUUCGGUGUUUGUUUCUGAACAACUAGAUGAUAUAUUUGGCAGCCUGCAGUCGUCCUAUAGCUGA